AUGUGUGACAUUAUAAAUGGAAUACUGUCAACCACGAAAUCUCACCAAGCCUUGGUGUCCACGGUUUUUAUUGGAAGGGCCGCGGCGGCUCGCUCGCGCUCCCGCUGCACCUCCCGGGGCGCGCCGCGGCGGCGCCACAGGCCCCUGGACGCUCCGACCACCGCCCUCCAGCCGCCCGUCCCGCGCGACUCGGGCUGCGCGGACACCAGCGCCCCAAAGCCCGCGGGGAGCCGGGGGGGCCCGGACGGGAGGAAGAGCGGAGCGCCGGGGCAGCCCGCGGGACUGGCACUUACCGGGCCCCUCAACCCCCAGACUUUGCAGCAGCAGCUGGAAGAGGAGGAGGAAGCAGGGGGCCGAGACGAGGGAGGGCAUGAACAGCAGGACGUGCCCCUGGGCGAAGAGCCGGAGCCCAGGACCCGCGUCGGGGCCGCGGACGAACUGGUCUUGGACGUGCUGGGUCAGAGGCGCCCAAUCCCCGCCAAGAGACAAGUCUUCUGCUCCGUGUUCUGCGUGGAGAACGACCUGCCCGAGGCCCCCACCGCGGAGCAGCCCUCGCCACCCGCAUCUUCACCUCGGGCUCCGCCGGUGACGAACGUUCCCAGCACCCCCACCUCCUUCCCCAGCCCCCGGCUGUCCCUCCCGACGGACCCCUUGUCCCCCGACGGCGGCAGCAUCGAGCUGGAGUUCUACCUGGCGCCCGAGCCAUUCUCCGUGCCCAGCCUGUUGGGAGCUCCACCCUACUCUGACCUGGGUGGGGUAGGGGAUCCCUAUGUGCCCCUCAUGGUGCUGAUGUGCCGGGUGUGCCUGGAAGACAAGCCCAUCAAGCCCUUGCCCUGCUGCAAGAAGGCCGUGUGCGAGGAGUGCCUCAAAGUCUACCUGAGCUCCCAGGUACAGCUUGGCCAAGUAGAAAUCAAAUGCCCUAUCACAGAAUGUUUUGAAUUCCUGGAAGAAAGAACGAUUACCUAUAACUUAACACAUGAAGAUUCCAUCAAAUAUAAGUACUUCUUGGAACUUGGCCGUAUUGAUUCCAGCACCAAGCCUUGUCCUCAGUGCAAGCACUUUACAACCUUCAAGAAAAAAGGACAUAUUCCCACCCCUUCCAGAUCAGAAAGCAAAUACAAAAUCCAGUGCCCCACUUGCCAAUUCGUCUGGUGUUUUAAGUGCCACUCUCCUUGGCAUGAAGGUGUUAACUGCAAGGAGUACAAAAAAGGGGACAAGUUGUUGCGUCACUGGGCCAGUGAAAUUGAGCAUGGGCAGAGGAAUGCCCAGAAGUGUCCAAAGUGCAAGAUCCACAUCCAGAGAACUGAAGGAUGUGACCAUAUGACCUGCUCACAAUGUAACACUAAUUUUUGUUACCGAUGUGGGGAAAGAUACCGCCAGCUCCGGUUCUUUGGAGACCACACUUCAAACCUCAGUAUAUUUGGAUGCAAAUAUCGCUACCUCCCAGAGAGACCUCAUCUAAGGAGAUUAGUGCGAGGGUCGGUCUGUGCUGGAAAAUUAUUCGUUGCACCUCUAAUCCUGGUCUUGGGAUUAGCACUAGGGGCCAUAGCAGUUGUAAUCGGUUUAUUUGUAUUUCCUAUCUAUUGCCUUUGUAAAAAACAGAGAAAACGAUCACGGACAGGAAUGCACUGGUAA